AAGCGGCCAGUCGGGGGCAGUAAAGAGCGGUCAAUGCCUAUAGCACCUUUAACAGAAGAAGAGGAAUGUCCUCUGUGUAGAGAUUUCAAACAUGGGCUCAAGAGUAACACGCCUGAUGAGAAACUUUAAUAUAGAGAAUCGCGCUCACCGAGAAAUAAGCAAGACCAAACCUAAAGCAGCACCUCGACAUCCAGCAUCCAGCAGUAGUCCACGAGAAGACAUCGCCGGUGUUUCUAUGGCAGAAGAGAUUCACCAGAAGAAUGAUCCACUGCUGUCGAUGCUCAAGGACGUUUAUGUGGAGUCUAAAGAUCCCGAUCCUCAGGCUGAAACAGUUCCUGGGGUUAAGAAGGUGGAGGAGGAGACGCAGCGCAGGGCGCUGAAGUACAGUCUACCGGGCGAGCCCUAUGGUUUCUGUGAUGUUACUGAUGUUCCCAAAGGCAAACUGUCGCUUGUGGAAGCUUUAACUGCCCUGAACAAUCACAAACGCCUACCUAAAACAUGGACUCCAGAGAAGCUGGCACAGGAGUACUCUCUGGACCCAAAAGAUGCCAAAGCACUGACAGAAUUCUUUUUUCCCUUUGACAUCAAAAUCAUUCCACCAAAAACAGAGGAGACUAAACAGAUUAAGGAUUCUUAGCACAUAUGAACACUGUCGCAUACAGACUCGAGCCGUCUCUGAAACACGCACAGUAUCUAGAUACAUGUGUUUUGACAUGUGUUUGUAUUGUUUGUUUUUGAAGGGCCUGUCAUAAUUAUUUAUUCAUUUGCUGUCUCAUUUAAAGCAUGGCAUAUCCCAGCAUGUAUUAUAGUAAUAACGAAGAUAAGGUAAUGUAAACGUUACUGGACUGGAAAUCUUGUCAGCCAGAUCAAUUUCUAGUGUAAAACAUCAGUACGGAUUAUAAUUUUCAUUUAAUAUGAAGAAACUGGCUCAGGAAUGCUGCAUUAUGUUUAUGUGAACACUGCAGUUUGCAUCUGUUUUCACUGACAAUAAAUCAGUUGCCCCAUG